GAAGGGUGGCGUGCAUGGAGAUGAGUGCCAGAGGGAUAACGGCAAGAGUGAAAGGGAAGAUUUACAAGAUGGUAGUCAGUUGAAUAGACUAAGAUUGUCACAGAGUGAUUAGAAAUGCGUGUACGAGAGGACAGCUCAGAUUGAGCAGUUUUGAGACAAAGUUAGAGAGGUUGAGAUGGUUUGGAAAGAGGAGGGCUAGUGGGCAUAUUGGACAAAGAAUGUUGAAGAUGGAGCUGAGCUGCCAGGCAGAGAGCUGGUGUGACAGAAAAAAAAAUGCUGGGGAUAGGGUGAGCUUGGAGAUAGAUGAUCCACUGUGGUGACCCCUAAAGGCAAAAACCUAACCUGCCCAAAAUUGAACACAACCAAACCACAGCCAGCCAAGGGAUCUGCUUCUACAGUGCACACUACUCACUAGUAGCAGAUAACCAAGAAUCCCUUUUCCACAUGCCACUCACUGCUCUCAACCAGCCACCACUUGAGCUGUCCUUUCAUCAUUCUCUCCAUUGGGUCCUGCACUCACUGGCAGUGUCUGGGCCUGAUUGCUAAGUGAGCUCAGGUGCAGACCAGGGAAAAUGAGGGACACCUGAGUCCUGGGGAGAGGGGGAAGAUGGGAGAGCAAGAGGAAAAAGGGCAGCACCACGCAUAUACAGCCAUGCAGCUCUGCAACAAUGAUCUUCAAGGAAGCGAUGGCUCUGGGAGUUUGGGCGGCCCGGAUGUCCGCAGACGAAUCCCCAUCAAACUUCUAUCCAAGCAGCCAAUAAGGAGCAAACCUCAGCAACGGCCCCAGAGACCUGGCGGCAGACCUUGUAAAAAUGGCUUUGGCUUUAAGCAAGAGGACAGGUUUGAUUGUGGGACUAAAGCUGGUGAUGUCUUUGCAAGUCAGAGGAGGUUCCCGCAGCCACUGUUUUGGGACUAUAAGUUAAAUCUGAUUGGAGAAAAGGAUGAAGUUCCAAUUCACUUCUGUGACAAAUGCGGUCUUCCUAUUCAGUUAUAUGGACGGAUGAUUCCCUGCAAACAUGUUUUUUGUUAUGACUGUGCUUUGCUUCAUGAGAAGAAAGGAGAGAAGAUGUGCCCAGGUCUGACCCUCUAUAACUGCACAGACCCAGUUCAGCGCAUUGAGCAGUGCCAACGUGGUUCCCUCUACAUGUGCAGUGUUGUACCGGGAUGCAAGCGCACCUACCUGUCUCAGCGUGACCUCCAGGCCCAUGUCAACCACCGCCACAUGAGGGCUGCCAAGGCUUCUGCAGGCCGCCCGGAGCCUGUGCACCUGCCCCCUGCUUCUGAAGUCUCUGACCGCUUCCGUGUGCCUCCACCUCACUUACCCAAGAACCAUGUUCAUCUCCCCAACCCGCUCCAGCACGGGAGUCAUGAUCCUUACAGUCAGCCGCCACCACCCUCUGCUCACGAAGGCCCGCCUCCAACCUCUGCUCUGGGUCCUGAGACAUUCCGCAUUGCCACAGUAACAACUCGUAAACACAGUAAUCUCAUUACUGUGCCCAUCCAAGAUGACUCAUCUUCCUCUCGCGAGCCACACUCUGCUGGCCCAGGCCCUGGUCAGCCACCCCACCACCAUCCUGGGGACUAUCCUGGCCAGCCUCCUGUAGUAUCGCACUCUCACCAUAUGAUGGCACCACCUCAACAGCAUUUUGGUCCCCCGCCUCCCCCUCCUCCUCCCAUCUCCCACCCAAUGCAGCAUCCUCCUCAGGCCUCUGGGACACCACACAUGGUGUACAACCAGGCUCCUCCUCCCCCAAUGUCCACAGCUCCCCCGCCUAUUACUCCUCCACCAGGGCACAUCAUAGGCCAGAUACCCCCUUACAUGAACCACCCACCCCCGGGACCUCCACCACAACAUAGCGGCCCUCCUGUUAACGCCCCACCACCUCAUCAUUAUAAUCCGAACUCCAUGCAGCAGUUCCCUGAAGACCAAGGCACCCUUAGUCCCCCCUUCACCCAGCCAGGAGGGCUCAGUCCAGGAAUGUGGCCCGCCCCAAGAGGGCCCCCACCUCCACGGAUGCAGGGGCCCCCUCCACAGAGCCAGAUGCCUGGUCCACACCACCCAGAUCAGAGCCGGUAUCGGCCCUAUUAUCAGUAAAUUACCAACUAAUUGAAUGGGCAACAGUCUGUGUCAUUCUGUCCCAUACUACGUGUCUGAGUAAUGUCAUAGUAAACCUCAGGGUUACAGGAUUUAGACAUUGAUUUUGAGAAGACUGCCCAAAGCAAAUGUGUAUGUGGUGCACACUUAACUGUGCUAAACCUUCCAUUGAACAUUCUGUUGACUUCGAUGUGAGCAGGAACGUCCCCCUUUUUAAAAGGCUUAUGGUAAAUAUGCCUGUAUAUAUGUCAGCUGAUGUCACACAUGUACACUGAAAAAAUGUUAACUCAAUAAAUUUUUAACAGCA